UAUUAUAUGGUCGAUGGUUUCGAUAUUUCGGUUGUGUGGUUACUUUAAUUUAUUGACAAAAAUGUAACACUUCUAUUUUAAAUUGACUAUGUUUUUACAACCGGAAUGAUAUCUGUUUUAUCCACGUUAAGUUAUUUGUGUAAAUAUUGAAGGUGUUUUUAUUCAAGUAAGAACUCGUUGACACGAGAAGCAAAAAUGUCUUCGAAGAGUGAAUUAAAAAAGCUGUCUGAAGAAAGUUUAACCAGACAACCUGAAGAAGUAUUUGAUAUAAUAUGCAAGUUGGGAGAAGGAUCCUAUGGAUCAGUUUACAAAGCAUUACAUAAGGAAAGUGGACAGGUACUUGCUAUUAAACAAGUCCCUGUUGAUACAGAUUUACAAGAAAUCAUAAAAGAAAUUUCUAUCAUGCAACAGUGUGAUUCUCCAUAUGUUGUUAAAUAUUAUGGAAGUUACUUUAAAAACACUGAUUUAUGGAUUGUAAUGGAAUAUUGUGGAGCUGGAUCUGUUAGUGAUAUUAUGAGGUUAAGGAAGAAGACCCUUCAAGAAGAUGAAAUAGCAACGAUUCUCAGUGAUACCUUAAAAGGUUUGGAAUAUCUCCAUUUGAGAAGAAAAAUACAUAGAGACAUUAAAGCAGGAAAUAUUUUACUCAAUAAUGAAGGACAUGCAAAAUUAGCUGAUUUUGGAGUAGCAGGACAAUUAACUGAUACAAUGGCAAAACGUAAUACAGUUAUAGGAACUCCAUUUUGGAUGGCUCCAGAAGUAAUACAGGAAAUUGGAUAUGAUUGUGUCGCAGACAUAUGGUCUCUUGGUAUAACUGCUUUAGAAAUGGCAGAAGGCAAACCGCCAUAUGGUGAUAUACAUCCAAUGAGAGCAAUAUUUAUGAUUCCAACUAAACCACCACCUAGCUUUAGAGAACCUGAUCAAUGGAGUCCUGAAUUUAUAGAUUUUGUCAGUGGGUGCCUUGUUAAAAAUCCAGAAGAAAGAGCUACUGCAACUGAGUUGCUAAAUCAUGAAUUUAUAGGCAAUGCCAAGCAACCAAGUAUUCUGAGUCAGAUGAUUGCAGAAGCUCAUGAAAUACGAGAAAAACAAAGUGUACAUCGUGCUCAUGUUAUAAAUAAUGUGGCAAUUAAAAAUCAAAAUCAGGCAGAAGAUUCGGAUGAAGAAGACUGUAGUGGAACAAUGAAACCUCUGCCAGAAGAUACGGGAACUUUAGUACCGAGUCAUGAUCUUCCAGAUACGGGUACACUUGUUUCAGCAAUGUUAGAUUUGGGAACAAUGGUUAUUAAUAGUGACACAGAUACCGAAGCUACUAUGAAACGACACAAUACAGGGUCAGUGGAAUCCGGAAAAAAAUACCGGCCACUAUUUUUAGAUCAUUUUGAUAAGAAAGAAGCACCUGAAAUAGGAAAGGGAAAUGGACAAAUACUUGGGGUACACAAUCAAGAUAAUGAAAACAAAUUAGAAUUACGAAGCCCUAUAGAAUCUCAGAGGUUUCAAAGUCACCUACAAUUACAACUUAACCAAAUUUCUCACCCCGUACAAGAACAACCUCAUAAUAACAUAUCCAAGUUCCAAAAUGUCUUCACAGAACGUGAUUUCGACUUCAUAAACAACCAUAUCCUGCAGCUGAAGUUUCUCUCAUACGAGGAACUACAGCAACGAAUGGCUAAUCUGGAUGCGGAAAUGGAAAGAGAAAUUGAUGAGCUGAGAAGAAGGUACCAAACGAAGAGACAACCGAUUCUUGACGCUAUGGAUACCAAGCGAAAACGUCAGCAGAACUUCUAACAGUUUGGUUACUUUUUUUAUGCAAAUAAGUGUGAUGAUGAUAGAUAAAGGGUGUACAGUUGUAUAAAUGAAUAGAUUUUAUUCAUCUCGUUCUUAGUUUCAUCAAAGAGAACAACAUUGUUUACCAACUAAAUAUCUACCUGAAAAACGAUGAUUAAUAACGAUUAAAAAUAUUUUCUUCUUGACAAUGUUCAAAACAAUGUUUAUCUCCUUGGGAAUCAAGUACGAGUAAUACUAGCUAAUAGCCUCACGUCACCAAUGUAAAUUAUUAUACAUGAUUUAGGUGAACAAGUAAUUAUACUUAAUUUUUUAUGAUUAUGUUUACAUAUAUACUGUUAUUAUGGAUAUCUUAUAGAAAUAUUAUAAAAUUUCUUCAACAUUUUUUUUAGGAAUUAAAACAAAAAGAUUAAAAAAAUGAAUGAAGAUAAUUAUGCCAUGUUUGUAACUUUGUUUUUGAUGUAAAAAGAAAUUAGAUGAACGUCCAUGUGAAAUUGGCAUUCGGUUUUCAUCUUACGCUAGUCACGUAUUAUGCCAUUCAUUUUAUCGAUAAUAUUACAUUAUCAGUAUCAUCACUCAUACGAAAUAUAUGCAUGGAAGUUAUCCCGAAAAUAUAUUUAUAUAUGUAGUCUUAUAUGCUAAUGUAUUGUUUACUUGAAGCAGUUUCAGAUAAGUGAACAACUUAGAACAUAUUGAAGAAUUUAUUCCUCCUUAACUGCCAUAGGUAUAUUAUGCGUUUAUCUAUUGAUAUAAUUAAGUUACGGAAUAAUUUUAAAGUUUGGUGAAUACAAAUUGGAAAUUUUGUAGUAGUAUCAUUGUACCAUGCAAGAUUACGAUGAGAAUGAUAAUAUUUCAAUGUGAAGAAAUACUUGACAAAUUAACUUACCGAAAUUAGUCUUCCGUAUUAGAACGUAUCUCGAUAUUUCAAUAAUUUGUUAAGUCAGUGAUUUAAAUUGUUGAGAUAGUCACAAUGGCAAGACUUAUACUUUUUAGCUUUAUAUAAAAUUUUUAUUCUAUUAAAACAUAUCUUUUAAAUCAUCACCAUAUUUAGAAUUUUCAAACAGCAUAUCAUUAUUUCUUGUACUGAUAAAGCUUUCAAUACACAUUUUAUAAGUCAUACCACAAUAACAAUAACGCGUGUACGUGUCGUUGAGAAUACUAUGAUGUAGUGGAGUAAUUCUUUGCUGACGUUGGGCUAUUUUACAAGUAGCGGAAAUAGAUUUAUAAUACUUAAAUGCUAUAGCCAGAACUGACUUUUCUGUUUAUUUAGGAAGUAACAAUACAGAAUAACAACAUAUUUUUGAUAUAGAAGAUAUGCACAUUAUGGUCGAAAAAGAUACAAAUAUUAAUUAUUAUAUCUAGUCUUUAUAUGGCCCUACCAUGACACGCAAGAUUAUUAAAACAAUAGUAUUGAGUUUCACCAUUAAUAAGAAAAACAGAUAACUAAGUUAUGUUCUUUAAAAAAAAUGUCUUUACUGUUCGAGAAAAAAAUAGUGCGCACCAUUCACUGCGACAUACAAUAUAUAGCGUGUUGCAAUAUUCUAACAGAAACAAAUAAAUUUUACUCGUACAGAAUUACACAUUUGAUAGAACAUAAAUAUGUUUGUAGUGACAAAUUUUCUAUGUUCAUCUUCCACCUGUAUUAUUAAAAUGCAAAAAAAACAUGUGGAAGUAAUAUUGUAAAAAAUAGUUAUGCAUUUCCAUAUAUUUAUCUAUUAUCCAACACUAAAAAAAUGCGAUAAAAAUUUUUUUCUAUGAAAACUUAAAUAGUCCAUGAAAUAGAGAUCUAUAAUAUUUAUGAAUAUAAUGUACACAUGUAGAAGUCUAUUUCAUAGGACAAUAGUGAAUCUGUUUACUUUUCAUAUUAGAAAAUACUACCAUUUUAUAUUACAGUUUAUAAUUAUUUGUUUAGGAAGUCAUUCUAAUUUUACACCUUUCUUAUGAAUUGUACCAUUCUCUAUAUGUUUGGGCAAAAUAUACAGACUGAAGGCAGAAAA